UCCAUCCUUCACAAGGUCUGCAAUACCACGGAUGGACCAGAAAUUUACGAUACCAAAGGACACAAGAUCGAUACAGCCCUCGUGGAAGCAUCGAUCAAGGUGAGUGCACCAUUCUCCCUGCAGACAUUCAUAUGCUGAAAGACGAUCAGCGUGGAAAUCACGACAUCAGAAACGAGAUGGUGUUCAAAAGUAAUCCCACCUUCGUCUUCCACGACUCAUGCGGUUUCGAAGCGGGUUCUGAAGAAGAAUUUGAGGACAUGAAGAGUUUCAUCUCGGAACGGGCAAAGGCAACAAAAUUGGAGGAACGACUCCAUGCUAUUUGGUUCUGUAUUCCAAUGGACGAUCAUUGUCGAACGUUUCAGCGGGCGGAGGAAAAAUUCUUCUCCGAGUGCGACACCGGGCACAUUCCCGUGGUCGUGAUAUUCACCAAAUUGGACGCUUUACGUCCAAUCGCAUUCGGAGAACUCAAGAAGGAACUGAAAGGGGCACCAACAGGUGUCUUGGAUCGCUUAUACGAUUCCAAAAAUCGUGCUCGUCCCAAGUCUCAUGUGCGCUUGGAGAAUAUGCAGAAACCAAAUACGGACUGCAACAUUCUACUGGAACACACCACUCUAGCAUUAGACAAUGAAGAAUUGCAACUGUGCUUGAUAUCGACACAGCAAUCGAACCUGGAGCUUUGCAUCAAGUGUGCCGUUACCAAUCUGGGCCAGUCGAUUAUGACGUCCAUCUGUAUAACAUGGCUAAGUGGUUUCCACAUUUAAAAGUAAGACGAACAUUGAUUCAGUCUGAUGAU